AUGGCGCCCACAAAGCACAUUGCACAGCAGUUGCUUGAAAGAGCACAUUCUCCAGAUGCAGCAUCCGCAAUUCUGUCAGAAAAAGUCCUUCAGAAACCGCUGCACCUCCGACCAACAGCUCCAAAUCCGACGUCUCAAGAUGCUAGAGCAGGUCGUCGUCUACAACGCUUGCAAAAGCAGGGAAAGACCGCACGAAAGCGAAGAGUCAAACCAGUUUCGGCAAAGGAGAUGCGAAAGUUGCGCAUCUAUGAGAUCCCUGAUGAUGCGAGAAAAUAUGAGCUAUACGUUCCCCUCCACAAACUGUGGCUUGGCUAUAUGUGGGAGAUCUUGGGGAUAGGAGAAGGUCGGACGCCGUUCAUUACAGCUGACAGUAAAGGAGGCAUCCUUACAAGUGCCGACUAUCAUGGCGCACUCUUGAAGGUCGUCCGAAGCCGGUGUGUUGGUCAUGUUGGCUUGGAAGGUAUAGCAGUGAGAGACACCAAAUUUACCUUUCAGAUCAUUACCAGGAAGAAUGAGCUCAAGGUUAUUCCCAAACAGCAUACUGUGUUUCACUUCGAGCUCCCGCAGAUACCCCAAGAGGCAGGAAAAGAGUCGAAGGGAUCAGGUUGUGAGGGCAAUGCGAUCCACCAUGAGAGUAUAUCGCCAAAUCUAGUAUUUGAGCUCCAUGGAUCCCAAUUUUUGACAAGGGCGACAGACCGAGGGACCAAAAAGUUCAAGCAGAAAUAUCUAAGAGACCUCUGA